AGCGCUCCAGGGAGGGACCUGGGUAGAAAGAGAAGCCGGAAACAGCGGGCUGGGGCAGCCACUGCUUACACUGAGGAGGAAGGCCAGGAGAGGAGUGUGUGUGUGUGUGUGUGUGUGUGUGUGUGUGCGCGCGCGUGCGCGCGUGUGUGUUUGUGUGUGCGAGAGUGUUUUAUUUUUGUUUCUUUUUGGUGGGGGUGGGGGUGGGGGUGCCAGCAAGUCCAACCUUGAGCUCGCUGGACAGAGCCACAGACCCAUGGGGCCUGGCCGUGCCCGCUGAGAGAGGGAGAAGACAGCCCAGGGGUUGCCAAGGCAUCCUCCAAAUCCCAGAUCAUGUCUCUGUGGGGUCUGGUCUCCAAGAUGUCCCCUGAAAAACUGCAGCGGCUCUAUGUCGACUUUCCCCAACACCUGCGGCAUCUCCUGGGUGAUUGGCUGGAGAACCAGCCCUGGGAGUUCCUGGUGGGCUCAGAUGCCUUCUGCUGCAACAUGGCUAGCGCCUUACUCUCAGCUACUGUCCAGCGCCUGCAGGCCUCGGCGGGAGAGCAGGGCGAGAGGAGUGCCAUCCUGCAACACAUCAGUACCCUGGAGGGCAUAUAUCAGAGGGACCCCUUGAAGCUUGUGGCCACUUUCAGACAAAUACUUCAAGGGGAGAAAAAAGCUGUUAUGGAACAGUUCUGCCACCUGCCAAUGCCCUUCCACUGGAAGCAGGAAGAACUCAAGUUUAACACAGCCCUGCGGAGGUUGCAGCACCGAGUGGGGGAGAUACGCCUCCUCCGAGAAGCCCUGAAGCAGGGAGCUGAGGCUGGCCAAGUGUCGCUGCACAGCUUGAUCAAACCUCCUGCCAAUGGGACGGAGCCAAAUGAGGCGCUGGCCACACUCCUGCAGGAGACCGUGGGGGAGCUGGAGGCGGCCAAGGCCCUAGUGCUUAAAAGAAUCCAGAUUUGGAAACGGCAGCAGCAGCUGGCGGGGAAUGGCGCGCCCUUUGAGGAGAGCUUGGCUCCACUGCAGGAGAGGUGUGAGAGCCUGGUGGACAUUUAUUCCCAGCUACAGCAGGAGGUAGGGGCGGCUGGUGGGGAGCUGGAGCCCAAGACCCGGGCAUCGCUCAUUAGCCGUCUGGAUGAGGUCCUGCAAACCCUCGUCACCAGCUCCUUCCUGGUGGAGAAGCAGCCCCCCCAGGUUCUGAAGACUCAGACCAAGUUCCAGACUGGAGUUCGAUUCCUGCUGGGCCUGCGGUUCCUGGGGACCCCAGCCAAGCCUCCGCUGGUCAGGGCCGACAUGGUGACUGAGAAGCAGGCCAGGGAUCUGAGUGGACCUCAGGGGCCCGGGUCUGGCGCAGAAAGCACUGGAGAAAUCAUCAACAACACCGUGCCCUUGGAGAACAGCAUACCUGGGAACUGCUGCUCUGCUCUGUUCAAGAACCUGCUUCUGAAGAAGAUCAAGCGGUGUGAGCGGAAGGGCACCGAGUCUGUCACCGAAGAGAAGUGUGCCGUGCUCUUUUCCACCAGCCUCAUGCUCAGUCCCAGCAAGCUCCCUAUCCAGCUCCAGGCCCUAUCUCUGCCCCUGGUGGUCAUCGUCCACGGCAACCAAGACAACAAUGCCAAAGCCACCAUCCUGUGGGACAAUGCCUUCUCUGAGAUGGACCGGGUGCCCUUUGUGGUGGCUGAGCGAGUACCCUGGGAGAAGAUGUGUGAAACUCUGAACCUCAAGUUCAUGGCUGAAGUGGGAACCAACCGGGGGCUGCUCCCAGAGCACUUCCUCUUCCUGGCCCAGAAGAUCUUCAACGACAACAGCCUCAGCAUGGAGGCCUUCCAGCAUCGUUCUGUGUCCUGGUCACAGUUCAACAAGGAGAUCCUGCUGGGCAGAGGCUUCACCUUUUGGCAGUGGUUCGAUGGUGUCCUGGACCUCACCAAACGCUGUCUCCGGAGUUACUGGUCAGACCGGCUGAUCAUUGGCUUCAUCAGUAAGCAGUAUGUCACUAACCUUCUUCUCAAUGAGCCCGAUGGAACCUUUCUCCUCCGCUUCAGCGACUCAGAGAUUGGGGGCAUCACCAUUGCCCAUGUCAUCCGGGGCCAGGAUGGGUGCCCACAGAUAGAGAACAUUCAGCCAUUCUCUGCCAAAGACCUGUCCAUUCGCUCACUGGGGGACCGAAUCCGGGAUCUUGCUCAGCUCAAAAACCUCUACCCCAAGAAACCCAAGGAUGAGGCUUUCCGGAGCCACUAUAAGCCUGAACAGAUGGGUAAGGAUGGCCGGGGUUAUGUCCCAGCGACCAUCAAGAUGACUGUGGAAAGGGACCAGCCACUUCCUAUCCCAGAGCCCCAGAUGCCCACCAUGGUGCCGUCUUAUGACCUUGGAAUGGCCUCUGACUCCUCCAUGAGCAUGCAGCUCGGCCCAGACAUGGUGCCCCAGGUGUACUCACCACAUUCUCACGCCAUCCCCUCGUAUCAAGGCCCCACCCCAGAAGAAUCGGUCAAUGUGUUGCCAGCCUUCCAGGAGCCUCACAUAUCGAUGCCCUCCAGCCUGAACCCGAUGAGCCUGCCCUUCAACCAGCCUCACCCCCAGAGCCUGCUGCAGUGCCAACCUCAGGAACAUGCUGUGUCCAGCCCUGAGCCCCUACUCUGCCAAGAUGUACCCAUGGUGGAAGACAGCUGCCUGAGCCAGCCAGUGAGAGGGUUUCCUCAGGGCACCUGGAUUGGUGAAGACAUGUUCCCUCCUCUGCUGCCUCCCACUGAGCAGGACCUCACUACACUUCUCCAGGAGGGGCAAGGGGAGCCAGGGGGAGGGCCCUUGGGGGCCCAGUCCCUUUUGCAGCCCUCCUCCUAUGGGCAAUCUGGGAUCUCAAUGUCCCACAUGGACCUACGGGCCAACCACAGUUGGUGAUCCCAGCUGGAGGGGCACCCCGGAGAGACAGCUCUUCUACUUCCCUCAGACCUGCUCUGGAUACCUGCUCGUGCUCCUGCAAGCAGAUGAGGAGGGUGCCCUCUUGUCCCCACCUACUCCUGGGUCAGAAGGAAAAGACUGCCAGAAGACUGCAUGGCAGGUGGCACCAAUCCACUCCUCUUCUGCUGCACACCCCUGCCCACCUCCUUCCAGCACUGAUUGGAAGGAAAGUUCAGGCUCCAAAGUGAAACAUGCUCCAACAUGCCUGCACUUGCAGAACGAACACACACACACACACACACACACACACACACAGCUUUCCAUGGAUGAUGGGGCUGAGUAAGUGGGGGCUGGGUGACAGCACAGGUAAGGGCACAGAGGGCUUCUCCACCUACUCGGAGCCAGGGCCCAGGCCCCUUUAUGUAGAAACAUGCAAACACAUUUACACAAGAGGCUGGGAUGGAGGAUACCGGGUCCCUGCCCUGGGGAGUGGGGAAGCACUUCAGGGGACCCUGGGUGGGAGGAGGGGUCUGGAUAUAUUUAGUGAUACCCGCUUUACCCAGAUUAAAAAACAAGUCCUCAAAUUCCCAUCAGCCAGAUGGAGACUUCUGGUAUGUAUAUGAGAUCAUGCAGAAGUACAAGGGCCAAGUGUCUUCGGGUAUAGCUGUGUCAAUAUAUCCCUAAAACAUGCUGAUGUAUAGAUAGCACACAUAGAUACACAGAAUGUCUGCUUUUGCCUGUGGGACAACACAAAGUUGGGAGUGUGAGACACUGCACAAGACACCAGUGAGCUGGCCUGACAGAUGCUGAACGGACUGAGCUUUGUGUCUGUGCCCAGGUGGGUCUAUGUGGCUGUGACAUCUGCAUAGAGUUCCAAGUUGCCAAUGCUGCCUGGGAGUCAGGGCAUGAGGGGCUGGGUCCAAGCCUGGCUAUGUGGUCCUCCAAUCUAUCCAUGCCUCUCUCUUGUCUCCCCAUUCACCGCUGGCUCCUCUUCACGUGCCCCCCAUCCCAUGCCACCCUUUCUCCCUCUUGGAGGGUGAGGGUCAUAGAUCCUAAGCCAUAAAAUAAAUUUUAUUCCAAAAUAACAAAAUAAAUAAUCUACUGUACACAAUUUGAAAAGAAA